AUGACUGUGAAAAGCAGCUCUUCUCUGCAGAGGAAGAAUAUUUGUUUGGCGAUCAUGGUUGGCUCUAGCUUGAUUGGCCUCUUGGCUGUCGUCUUUCAGAUAUGCUUCGUCGAGGCGGUGGAAGUAGACGUCGAUGUUUCUGCUUACACCAGCGAAGUUGAGUCCGAUUGGACUGCUGUUUACUACUCUGAUCGCAAUCCCUUGUUAAUUGGAAACGAUGGAGGUCCCGAUAAAGGAGGAUUUCACGUCUACGACCUCAACUCAAAGUCCCCGCUGCAGGAAGUGACAGCACAAACACCCGGUCGCAGCAAGCUCGUCACUACAGUAUACGAUGUCGACAAGAAAGAUAUCCUUGUCACAAUCGCGCAGCCAGAUUCUGUCCUUCGCGCUUAUGAGAUGCCCAAUUUUAAGCAGAUAAAGGAUGCAGCCUUCAAAGUGCUAGGAGACUGGUCUGCGCUGUGCAGCUGGAAGAGCGAAGCUGGAAACGACUAUGUCUAUCUUUUUGGCAAGGGACAGGCGGUUCAGAUUCUUGUUCAAGAAACCAAGAAGUCCAUCGAGUUUGUCGAGAUCCAAACAUUCCCCAUAGGCUUUGAAACGUCUGGAUGUGCUGUUUCGCGCUCCGAGUCACGCAUGUACAUCUCUACGGAUGAUGAGAAGAACGUCUACACUUUCUCACUCAAAGAGUCGACAACGGCGCCAAAGAUUACCGAGUUUGGCAAAGCAGCAGAUGAUGUUACCGGUUUGGCUGUCUACGUGCCUAAGAAGGGCUCAGACUAUUUGUUUGUCGCCCAAACGGACAAAGUCGCUGUAUAUGACCAUUCAUUCAAGCUCAAAGGCACGUUGUCAUUGAAGGGAUACGAGGAUAUUGAAGUACAAGGAUUGAACAUAUUCCAAGGUGCAACAAGCAAGUACCCUGCUGGUGCUCUUACAUACGCCAUUGAGUCAGAGGAAGUCAACGGUUUCGGUGUAUCAUCUCUUGAAAAUGCGCUCAAUAAGCUCAAGAUCGAGGCCAACACUAAGUACGAACCAGGAAAGGUCAAGACCAACACCAAGAGCGAGCCAAUCUGCAAGACUUGUGAAGGCAAUGGCUUCUGUGUCAAGGACAAGAAGCAGAAAUGCGAAUGCUUUGCUGGUUUUGCUGGGAAAACCUGCAGCAGUUUCACAUGCACCGACAAGUGCUCCGGCCAUGGGAAGUGCGUUGGAGCGAACGAGUGUAAAUGCGACAAGGGCUGGGGAGGCUUACACUGUUCGUUUCUUCUCGUGGAGCCAACUUACGAGACCGAGUCACGUCUUGGUGAUGGCGAUGAUCCUGCAAUCUGGAUCUCACCUGAGAGUCCAGAUAAAUCUCGAAUCAUUGCGACGAUGAAGUCUGGAAAAGACGCUGGGCUUGGCGUGUUUGACUUGGCUGGCAGUCUUGUUCAGACUUUCACGGCCGGCGAGCCAAACAAUGUGGAUAUGAUUUACGGAUUCAAGGCGGGUGAUCGCAAGGUUGACUUAGCUUUUGCGGCGUGCCGAGCAGAUGAUACGCUGUGUCUUUUCGAGAUGCUUCCCAACGGAACACUGACUGAUAUCCCUGGCGGUAUACACCCUGUCGUCGAAGACUACAAAGUUUACGGCUCAUGUACCUACCGCUCUCCUAAGACCGGGAAACAAUAUCUCUUCGUCAACGAGAAAUCAGCACGAUAUCUCCAGUACGAACUCACCUCGACGUCCAAGGGAGAACUCAAGACGAAGCUUGUCCGGGAGUUCCAAGGCGGCAGCGGUGGACAGGUCGAGGGCUGUGUUACUGAUGAGGAGAACGGAUGGAUAUUCCUCGGAGAGGAGCCUUCCGCCCUCUGGAGGUACGGCGCUGAGCCAGACUCUAAGGACGAGGGUGUCAUUAUUGAAAAGGUCGGCGAUGGUAAACUCUAUGGAGACGUUGAAGGCGUAACCCUUGUCUACGGGUCCAAGCCUAACGAGGGAUUCAUCCUGAUUUCCUGCCAAGGAGUCAGCGCAUACAACGUCUACCGCCGAGCCGAACCUCACGAGUACGUUACCACGUUCACACUCGUUGAGUCAUCAGACGGGAAGAUCGACCCCGUGUCCAACACGGACGGCAUAACGGCUGUAGGAACAGGUCUGAACAAGGAUUUCCCACACGGGUUGGUUGUUGUGCACGAUGAUGCAAACCAAUUGCCUGGCGGAAAGACAAGCGCGGAGGCGAGCUUCAAGAUGAUCAGUUUGGAGAAGAUCCUGGGGUCCAAGGUGUUGGGUAAGAAGGGUCUGUUGGAUCAAGUUGACAAGAACUGGGAUCCUCGGAAGUAA